AAUUUUUGAAAAGCUUGUCCGUUGUUCCGAAGAACUAAUUGUUGACAGUGGCCUUCUUCGGUGUUUAGCUUUGUUUUGUUUUUUGUUUUUUAUUUUUGUAUUUUUUAAUUGUAGUAGGCAACGGAGCCCUUUGUUUUUUUGCAUUUUAGCAUUAGGUGCAGUUAGUUGAUUCUUCCUGAGGUUUUCAAACUUCCGGGGAGGGCGCGAAUUGGAGUCGAGAUUGGUAUGCAUGGGUAGAUAUACUCACUUUGGGACUUGAGGCAAGGAUCAUCGGAAUGGGGGAUGAACCAGCAUGGCACUCACAAACUGCGUACCUCAUAUACCAGCUGCUGGGUUGGUUGGCUUUCACAGCUUGGUCUAUCAGCUUUUGGCCUCAAGUCAUCCUGAACUACAGACGAAAAAGCGUGGUCGGUUUACACUUCGACUUUGUCGUCUUCAACCUCACUAAGCACUCUUCAUACUUGAUCUACAAUGCUGUUCUUUACUUCAGCACUGUCGUCCAACGUCAGUAUCAUGAGAAAUAUGGCUUUGAUGAGUUGAUUCCAGUAGCACCAAGUGAUGUAGCAUUCUCGACUCAUGCUGUACUUCUAACAUCAGCUAUGGCUGUACAAUUAUUUUUGUACGAGAGGGGUGGGCAAAAGCUUUCAAGCUUCUGUAAAGCCACAUCAAGCUUCGUAUGGAUAGAAGCCCUAAUCAUAUUGGUGGUAUCAUGGGUGCACAAGGACUGGCUUUCGCUGAUCCAGAACUUCAAUAACAUUCAACUCCUCAUGACAACCAUUAAGUACAUACCACAGGUGAUUUUUAAUAUUCAAAGGAAGAGCACAGAUGGAUGGAGUGUAUCGAACAUUCUCCUCGAUUUGACGGGUGGCAUUGCAAACUUUUCACAGAUGUUAACACAAUCCCUUGAUCAGAAAUCGUUCGUUAAUUUCUCCGGAAACGUCGGCAAAGUGGGACUAUCUUUGUUGUCGGUGGCAUUCGACCUUAUCUUCAUUGUACAGCAUUUCUGCCUCUACCCCGAACAUCCUGGGGUUCCUCAGGAAGGCUACCACGAAGUUGGAGAUUAUAGUGUCGUCUUUUCAGUGGACCCUGGACUCGGUAGCGAUGAGCGAGAUCAGGGCGACGACCAUGCGCAGAAGACACCACCUCCUUGAAAUCGGAUCGUUCUAUUAAGUAAAAUCAUCACGAGAUUUACAGAUUGGAGUUCUUUCAAUUGAAUAUAAAAGCUGGUGUUGGUCUUACGAACCACGAAUGUUCCAAAGUUUCAGCUAGCACGAGGAUCUGUUUGCGAUCCUCCUUUCAUCCUCUCCUUUACCGGAGCUCAAGAAAUGAAACUAGGUACGUGUGUUUUUUGGCGUCCAAGUGUCUUUUCCACCAGCGACAUAAGACAUGCUAUCCAUUCUUACGUAUAAAUCUUCUCCAGCACAUGGUGUCAGUACAACUCUUCGCUACUUAGCCGUGAGCAACCCCAUCUUCAGUACCCAAAAAGUUCCUUGCUCCCUAGGAAACUGCAGAUGCCAGCAUCCAGAAAGGUAGCAUAUUGUACAGUACAACCACUUUUCCAUAGAUUGUUUCAAUUUCUUAUUAGCGACUUGAAUUUCAUAAUGUUCUUGUGAUUUAUUAUUUAUUUGUUUUUGUUUAUUCCAACAUUUGUUACAGUUGUUGGCCAUUUUUUUUA